UUCAGUGCGCCCCAGAGCCUCCGCGUGUCAUGUCCCGGCUGCGCCUCUGGGUCCCGCUGCUCCUCCUCACGUGGCAAUCGUGUCUGCCGGUCCAGGCAGCUCAGCCUCCGGAGUGGGCCCUGGACCCUGCCCAGCUGACCGCCGACCUCCUGGGGCCCACUGAGCCCUGGUCUUCGCACUCCUAUGAAUUCCCGCCCGAAUCGCCCCAGGUAUUUACACCCCCAGCAGAGGCGGGGGGCUUUCAUUACUUGGGGUCCUCAGCUCCAGCCCAGAUGUUGGCCCUGCCUAAGGAGUUGACUGAAACUUUGGUUCCGUUUCCGGACACGGCUGAGCCAGCAGAGCGCCCCGAGGAGGCUGGGCCCACCAUAGCCCAGCCAGAGGCCCCGGCUCCGCCUGCAGAGCGCCCAGAGGCGGCUGGGCCCACCCCAGCCCUGCCAGAGGCCCCGGCUCCGCCUGCAGAGCGCCCCGAGGAGCCUGGGCCCGCCCCAGCGCAGCCGGACGUCCCGGCUGCGCUGGCAGAGCGCCCAGAGGAGGCUGGGCCCGCCCCAGCGCAACCGGAGGCCCCGGCUCCGCAUGCAGAACGCCCCGAGGAGCCUGGGCCCGCCCCAGCGCAGCCGGAGGCCCCGGCUCCGCCUGCAGAGCACCCCGAGGACCCUGGGCCCACCCCAGCGCAGCCGGAGGCCCCGGCUCAGCCAGCGGAGCGCCCCGAGGCGGCUGGGUCCGCCCCAGCCCUGCCGGAGGCCCCGGCUCCGCCUGCAGAGCGCCCGGAGGAGGCUGGGCCCACUCCAGCGCAGCCGGAGGCCCCGGCUCCGUCUGCAGAGCGCCCCGAGGAGCCUGGGCCCACCCCAGCGGAGCCGGAGGCCCGGGCUCCGCCUGCAGAGCGCCCCGAAGAGGCUGGGCCCACCCCAGCCCAGCCAGAAACCCUGGUUCAGCCUGUAGAGUGCCCCGAGGCGGCUGCGCCCACCCCAGCCCUGCCAGAGGCCCCAGCUCCACCUGAAGACCGCCCCGAGGAGGCUGGGCGCACUGCAGCGCAGCCGGAGGCCCCGGCUCCGCCUGCAGAGCGCCCCGAAGAGGCUGGGCCCACCCCAGCCCAGCCAGAAACCCUGGUUCAGCCUGUAGAGUGCCCCGAGGCGGCUGCGCCCACCCCAGCCCUGCCAGAGGCCCCGGCUCCACCUGAAGACCGCCCCGAGGAGGCUGGGCGCACUGCAGCGCAGCCGGAGGCCCCGGCUCCGCCUGCAGAGCGCCCCGAGGAGGCUGGGCUCACCCCAGCGCAGCCGGAGUCCCCGGCUCAGCCAGCGGAGCGCCCCGAGGAGGCUGGGCCCACCGCAGCCCAGCCGGAGGCCCCGGCUCCGCCUGCAUGGCGCCCCGAGGAGGCUGGGCCCACCCCAGCCCAGCCAGAAACCCUGGCUCAGCCUGUAGAGCGCCCCGAGGCGGCUGGGCCCACCCCAGCCCUGCCAGAGGCCCCGGCUCCGCCUGCAGAGCGCCCGAGGAGCCUGGGCCCGCCCCAGCGCAGCAGGAGGCCCCGGCUCCGCCUGCAGACCGCCCCGAGGAGCCUAGGCCCGCCCCAGCGGAGCCGGAGGAGGCCCCGGCUCCGCCUGCAGAGCACCCCGAGGACCCUGGACCCGCCCCAGCGCAGCCGCAGGCCCCGGCUCCGCUUGCAGGGCGCCCUGAGGAGCCUGGGCCCGCCCCAGCGCAGCCGGAGGCCCGGGCUCCACCAGCAGAGCGCCCCGAGGAGCCUGGGCCAGCCGCAGCGCAGCAGGAGGCCCCGGCUCCGCCUGCAGAGCGCCCCGAGGAGCCUAGGCCCACCCCAGUGGAGCCGGAGGCCCCGGCUCCGCCUGCAGAGCUCCCCGAGGACCCUGGGCCCUGCGCAGCGCAGCCGGAGGCCCCGGCUCAGCCAGUGGAGCGCCCCGAGGAGGCUGGGCCCACCGCAGCCCAGCCGGAGGCCCCGGCUCCGCCUGCAAAGCGCCCCGAGGAGGCUGGGCCCACCCCAGCGCAGCCAGAGGCCCCGGCUCAGCCAGCGGAGCGCCCCGAGGAGGCUGGGCCCACCGCAGCCCAGCCGGAGGCCCCGGCUCCGCCGGCAGAGCACCCCGAGGACUCUGGACCCGCCCCAGCGCAGCCGGAGGACCCGGCUCCGCCUGCAGGGCGCCCGGAGGAGGCUGGGCCCACCCCAGCCCAGCCAGAAACCCUGACUCAGGCUGUAGAGCGUCCCGAGGCGGCUGGGUCCACCCCAGCCCUGCCGGAGGCCCCGACUCAGCCAGCGGACCGCCCCGAGGAGGCUGGGCCCACCCCAGCCCAGCCAGAAACCCUGGCUCAGACUGUAGAGCGCCCCGAGGCGGCUGGGCCCACCCCAGCCCUGCCGGAGGCCCCGGCUCUGCCUGCAGAGCGCCCCGAGGAGCCUGGGCCCGCCCCAGCGCAGCCGCAGGUCCCGGCUCCGCCAGCAGAG